AUGGCUUUAUUGGAAGUCCUUGUGUGCUUUAUUUGUGGCAGUGUUUUGCUAAUUUACUGGACCCUAAGCAAGCGAUUUUCUUAUUUUAGGAACCGUGGAAUACUGCACGAUAAGCCAAGCUUCAUUUUUGGAAAUGUAAAGGAAUAUAGGCGCACCAAAAAUAUAUAUCAAAUUCUUCAGGAAUACUACGCGAAAUACAAGAACACAGAAAAAAUUGUUGGAUUUUUUUUGUAUUUUCGAAAAGUGGUAAUAUUACUUGAUUUAGAUCUCAUAAAAGAUAUUUGCGUGAAGGAUUUUGGAAAUUUUACGAAUCGUGGAAAUUAUUAUAAUAAAAAGGAUGAUCCAGUUGCAGCACAUCUAUUCAAUUUGGAUGGAGUAGACUGGAGAAAAAUGCGUACAAAACUAACGCCAACGUUUUCAUCUGGAAAAAUAAAGUCUACGUUUCCCAUUAUAGUCGAUGUUGCGAACACUUUAGUUGAGGUAUUAGAAGAUAUGCAAAAUUCACCUCUGUACGAUACUGAUGUGGGUAUGGAAAUUGAAGAUCUUAUCUCACAUUAUACAACUGAUACUAUUGGAAGUGCUGCUUUUGGUUUGGACUGCGGGAGUUUAAGAGACCCCAAUAGCAAAUUCAGUGAUAUAAGUAAAACAAUAUUAGAUUUUCGUCAUAACAUAAUUAUUGUGUCACUUGCUAAUAUCUUUCCAAAAGUGGCUCGGAUAUUACGAAUAAAAAUACUACCAGAAAAAGUAUCGAAGUUUUUCUUGAAUUUUGUGCGUCAAACUGUGACGUUUCGUGAACAAACCGGUACGCAAAGAAAUGAUUUUCUUAAUUUAUUAAUGGAGUUACGAAAAUCGGGUGAUUUAACUAUGGAAGAAAUAACUGCACAGGUUUAUAUUUUUUUUGUAGCCGGUUACGAUACAAGUUCAAGUACAUUAACUUUUUGUUUGUAUGAGUUGGCACUUAAUCAAGAUAUUCAAAAUAAAGCCAGAUCAGAAAUAAAUGAAGUUCUCUCUGCACACAAAGGUAUAUUAACGUAUGAAGCAAUGAUAGAUAUGAAAUAUUUGCUACAGAUAAUGUAUGAAACAAUGCGAAAAUACGUAGUGACAGCAUUCCUUUUACGACAAACUGCCGAGGACUAUUUCGUACCUAAUACUGAUUACGUUAUAGAAAAAGGCAUGACGGUACUUUUACCAGUUGAUGCAAUACAUCAUGAUCCAGAUUUAUAUCCAAAUCCAAAACUCUUCGAUCCUGAACGGUUUACAGCAGCUGAAAUCGAAAAACGGCAUCCAAUGGCUUAUUUAGCUUUCGGAAGGGGACCACGUAAUUGUAUCGGUUCCAGAUUUGGUAAAAUGGAAGUUUUGGUGGGAUUGUGUUUGUUACUUAAAAACUUUAAGUUUUCGGCUACAAAGAAAACCCAAAUACCUAUAAAAUCAUCAAUGUUUAAAUUAUUACGCGCUUCUGAAGAAGGAGUGUAUUUAAAAGUUGAAAAAUUGUAACCAAAUUCAAAAAAUUUCGGCAUUUACGUAGAAAAUACUUGGUAUAUAU